CCAUCCCUCAACCCAUCAAGAGUCACAACUGUACAAAUCAGCUGUCAGUGUUUUGUCUCUUUCACAGCCACUAGCACCAUUGGCCCUGACAGGAUGACAGAUCCGGAGUGGACACAGAAGUUUCAGAUCACAACAAGAAAUCUUAAACAUGGAGACUCCUGGCGUCUGGAGUUUGAUGAAAAUCUUCUGGAUAACGGCCAACAACCAGGCUGGAAGAAAUGUAUUGUGAACACAGGGGCAAGGUUUCGAUGCACCAAGUGUAGCAGAGGCUGGUCUUCUAACAAGGUGAUGGUGGUCUGCCACAUGCAACUGAGAAACGGGAAAGGCAUUGUGAAGGUGAGGCCCUCCCAUCAGAAGUGUAAGGAAUGCAGCGAAGCCCCGAUGGAAAAGCCCAGCAUCCCCUCUGACAACAUCUUCAUACUCUUGAAGAAUCUGGUGGAGAAGAUAAGAAUAAAAUGUUACAACGAAGACCUGGGAAGAAAUAAGAAGCAUUUUAGAAGCUUUGAUGGCAACAAACCCCAUGAGCCUUCUCAUUGUGAAGCAUGUAUGAAAGGCUUCUGUCCAAGGAACCGCUCUUAACUCAGCUUUAUUGUUUAUACACCAACGAUAUGCUUAAGCUAAUAUCAGCAAAAAAGGAGUAGUAUACAACUUUACUCCUUGUCAUUCUGUUACAUUAUAUUGCUUCUUUCAUCUUUAUUUGAUAAUAAGUGCAUUUACGCUUUGAUAUUAUCAUGCUUGUUGGUUUUACCUUGUGUGUUCUCUUUCAAAUGUCUAUAUGUUUCUCAAAAGCAUUACAGCUGCCUUCUUAACAAGAAAUGUUAUAUCAACAGAAGAUUUUACAGGCAAUAAACUUAACACAUCUGUUGUAUCA